UGUGAGUGAGGUGGCGGCAAAGAAGAAGAAGAAGGAGGGCCGGCUGUUUGCUCUCAGGCCUCUUCCGCCAUGAGUUCCAUCGGCACCGGGUAUGACUUGUCGGCCUCCACAUUUUCUCCAGAUGGCAGAGUGUUUCAAGUAGAAUAUGCCAUGAAAGCUGUUGAAAAUAGCAGUACAGCAAUUGGGAUUCGGUGUAAAGAUGGUGUAGUCUUUGGAGUGGAAAAACUAGUUUUAUCCAAACUUUAUGAAGGACUUCUGGCUGAUGCUCGGUCUUUGGCUGACAUAGCAAGGGAAGAAGCUUCCAACUUCAGAUCCAACUAUGGUUACACUAUACCACUGAAACAUCUUGCAGACAGAGUGGCUAUGUAUGUACAUGCCUACACACUAUACAGUGCUGUCGGACCUUUCGGCUGCAGCUUCAUGUUGGGCUCCUAUGACAACGAUGAUGGUGCCCAGUUGUACAUGAUUGAUCCUUCAGGUGUUUCAUACAGUUACUGGGGAUGUGCCAUUGGAAAAGCACGGCAGGCUGCAAAGACAGAAAUCGAAAAGCUCCAGAUGAAAGACAUGACUUGUUGUGAUGCUGUUAAAGAAGUUGCAAAAAUAAUCUACAUAGUCCAUGAUGAAGUAAAAGACAAAGCUUUCGAAUUGGAACUCAGUUGGGUUGGAGAAAUAACUAAAGGAAAACAUGAAGUUGUCCCAAAAGACAUUAAGGAAGAAGCUGAAAAAUAUGCUAAGGAAUCUCUGAAAGAAGAGGAUGAAUCAGAUGAUGAAAACAUGUAACAUGUACUUACUUUUAACAUGAGAUUUAAUGUAUUUCCCUUUAUGUAUGUCCUGGAAGAAUAUUUUGAGAGACCAACUUGCACUAAACAUUUUUCCAAUUA